CCGCUCCCAUUGGCCCCGCGACCUCCGCCCCCGGGCGCGGGGGUGACCUUUGACCCGGGCGGCUCCCGCGGCGGCAGCUCCCGCUGCCCGCCAUGGAGGAGGAGGAGGACGCCAACAGCACCAGCCUGGAGGCUGUGCCAGCAGCGGGUGGAACCCAAAUUCUGCAGUUCAUAGAGGACAGGAUCCAGAGCACUAUGCUGACGGGGAUGGCAAUUGGAGCUGCAGUUGCGUUACUGCUGAUAGCAAUUGUUGUGUUUGUCGUUUACAGAAGAGUGAAACAGUCUAAACAACUCCAGCCCCACGUCCCUCAGUACCGGUUUCGCAAACGAGACAAAGUGAUGUUCUACGGGCGGAAGAUCAUGAGAAAGGUUAGAACGCUUCCAAACUCCCUGGUGGGGAACACCGUGCCUCGCCAAAGGAUGCGGAAGCGGACAAAGGUUUUAUCUUUGGCUAAAAGGAUUCUGCGUAUCAAGAAGGAGAGUCCGACCCUGCAGCCCAAGGAACCGCCUCCCUCUUUGCUAGAGGCUGACCUGGCUGAAUUUGAUGCAAAGAAUUCCCAUUUGCCAGCAGAAGUCCUGUACAUGCUUAAAAACGUUAGGGUCCUUGGCCACUUUGAGAAACCUCUGUUCCUGGAGCUGUGCAAGCACAUGUUCUACGUGCAGUUGCACGAAGGUGAAUACAUCUUCCGCCCGGGGCAGCCGGAUAACAGCAUCUACGUCGUGCAGGAGGGCAGGCUGGAAGUUUGCAUUCAAGAAAGUGAUGGGACAGAAGUGGUGGUGAAGGAGGUGCUGGCAGGAGACAACGUCCACAGCCUUCUCAGCAUUCUCGAUGUCAUCACGGGUCACCCUGCUCCCUAUAAAACGGUGGCAGCCCGAGCGGCCGUUCCCUCCACUAUAUUGCAGCUGCCAGCAAGUGCCUUUCAAGACGUCUUCCAGAAAUACCCCGAAACUCUUGUUAGAGUGGUACAGAUCAUCAUGGUGAGGCUGCAGAGGGUGACGUUCCUCGCGUUGCACAACUACCUGGGUCUGACGCCCGAGCUCUUCAACUGUCACAGCCAAGCCAUCCCCCUCACCUCGGUGGCCAGUGUCACCUCUGGAGUGGGUUCCAGCAGAGCAGUGAAAAGACAAGCGUCCAAUAUGUCGGAGGAGGAUCGCGCAGAAAAGUCUGAAAAGGCUGGGGAAGCACCAGAAAUAGACAUGUUGAAGGUUUCUGGUACAGAAAACUCUGAGCAUGUUUUGAGAAGAAGCCUUUCUUCACCUGCCUGGGCAGGGUCUGCAGAGACUUCUAGUAACUCCAGCAGCACAAAGUCAGAGGUGGGGACGGCGUACGGGAGGAACCGGGUGCACUUUGCCUCCGAGGACAUGGCCAGCGCUCCCGUGGUGGGCAAGUCCAUACUGAAGAAGACUGUGACGGUGACAGAGACUCCUUCAGCAGUUUUCCAUUACAGCGACGCGCAGGACUCCUGCAACAGCAAACACAGUGAGGCCAUCAUCGAAGCAGCAAAGAAAGACCUUUCAACCCUGAUGAAACUUGAUGAUCCUUCGCUGUUGGAUGGCAAAGUGACACUGCACCAGGUGACUGCUGGGACGGUGCUGUCGCGGCAGGGGGAUCAGGAUGUUAAUGUCUGCUUUGUGGUCUCGGGGGUGCUUCACGUGUACCAGCAGAAGAUAGACUCGGAGGAGGACACCUGCCUCUUCAUCACCCACCCCGGGGAGCUCGUGGGGCAGCUCGCCGUCCUCACCGGGGAACCCCUCAUCUUCACCAUCAAGGCCAAUCGAGACUGCAGCUUCCUCUCCAUCUCCAAGUCCCACUUCUACGAGAUAAUGCGGGAGCAGCCAAGCGUGGUUCUCGGCGUGGCCCACACUGUGGUGAAGAGGAUGUCCCCGUUUGUUAGGCAAAUGGACUUUGCCCUGGACUGGAUGGAGGUUGAGGCUGGACGAGCUGUUUACAGGCAGGGCGACAAGUCAGACUGCACCUACAUCGUGCUGAACGGGCGGCUCCGCUCGGUCAUUCGGAUGGACAAUGGGAAAAAGCACCUGACGGGUGAAUAUGGACGAGGAGACUUAAUUGGAGUGGUGGAGGCGUUGACCCACCAGCCUCGAGCCACAACAGUCCACGCGGUCCGAGAUUCAGAACUUGCCAAGCUCCCGGAGGGAGCACUGACAUCCAUCAAACGCAAAUUCCCCCAGGUUGUGACUAGACUUAUUCACUUGCUGGGCGAGAAGAUUCUUGGCAGCCUUCAGCAGGGAGGUCACCCCCUGGGAUUGCACAGCUCCAGCAGCAAGUGGGAUGCGGGGAAUCCUGCCAGCAAUCUCUCCACGGUGGCCAUCAUGCCGGCCUCCGAAGAGGUGCCGCUCACGGCUUUCACUCUGGAGCUCAAGCAUGCCCUCUCUGCCGUGGGUCCCACUCUGCUGCUCACCAGCGACAACAUCAAACAGCGACUGGGCUUCGCCGCGCUCGAUAGCACCCACGAGUACCGACUAACCAGCUGGCUGGGCCAGCAGGAGGACAUCCACCGCAUCGUGCUGUACCAGGCAGACAGCACCCUCACCCCCUGGACCCAGCGCUGCAUCCGGCAGGCGGACUGCAUCCUCAUCGUGGGGCUGGGGGAGCAGGAGCCCACCGUUGGGGAGCUGGAGAGGAUGCUGGAGAACACAGCGGUCCGAGCCCAGAAGCAGCUUAUCCUGCUCCAUAAGGAGGAUGGGCCUCUCCCUUCCCGAACCGUGGAAUGGCUCAACAUGCGGAGCUGGUGUUCUGCCCAUCUUCACCUCCGCUGCCCCCGCAGAGUCUUCUCCAAAAGAAGCCUGCCCAAGCUGAUCGAGAUGUACGAACGCGUCUUCCAGAAGGCCCCGGACCGUCACUCCGACUUUUCUCGCCUGGCCCGUGUCCUGACUGGGAACGCCAUCGCGCUGGUGCUGGGGGGCGGAGGAGCCAGGGGAUGCUCCCAGGUGGGAAUUAUCAGGGCGCUGAUGGAAGCUGGCAUCCCCGUGGACAUGAUUGGAGGAACGUCCAUCGGCGCUUUCAUGAGCGCCCUGUACGCCGAGGAGCGCAGCUACAACCAGAUGCGGAUCAAGGCCAGGCAGUGGGCCAUGGUUAUGAACUCGGUGUUUAAGACUUUUCUAGACUUGACAUAUCCAAUAACAUCCAUGUUUUCUGGAGCAGCUUUUAACAGCAGCAUCAACAACAUCUUCAAAGAUAAGCAGAUCGAGGAUCUGUGGAUUCCUUACUUCACUAUCACAACCGACAUCACUGCCUCAGCGAUGAGGGUCCACACGGACGGCUCUCUCUGGAGGUACGUCCGCGCCAGCAUGUCCCUCUCCGGGUACAUGCCUCCCCUCUGUGACCCCAAGGAUGGGCACCUCUUGAUGGACGGGGGUUACAUCAACAACCUGCCGGCUGAUGUUGUGAGGUCCAUGGGCGCAAAGGUGGUGAUCGCGAUCGACGUGGGGAGCCGGGAUGAAACAGACCUCACCAACUACGGUGACUGUUUGUCGGGCUGGUGGCUGCUCUGGAAGAGGUGGAAUCCCCUGGCCGAGAAAGUCAAGGUGCUGAACAUGGCCGAGAUCCAGACGCGGCUGGCGUACGUGUGCUGCGUGAGGCAGCUGGAGAUGGUGAAGAACAGCGACUACUGCGAGUACAUCCGGCCACCCAUCGACCGCUACGGGACCCUCGACUUCGGGAAAUUCGAUGAAAUCUGUGAGGUGGGAUAUCAGCACGGGAAAACAGUGUUUAACGUCUGGUGCAGGAGUGGAGUCCUUGACAAUAUGCUGAAAGACCGGCAGGAGCCUUGCAAAUCCAAAACUGAUAACGUGACCUGUCCCACCACCUCUUUUACGGACCUGGCAGAAAUUGUGUCCAGGAUCGAGCCCGUGAAAGCCCCCGUGGCUGAUGAUGAGUCAGACUACCAGACUGAGUACGAGGAAGAAGUUCUGGACAACCAGAAGGAUGAUUAUGUUGAUUUCAUGAGCAACCAGGCUGAAGAAGACUCCGACUCGGAUGAAGACAUGCAGAUAAGGCAGCGCAGGAAUGUCCCCAGUGUGGGCAGCCAGGCCAGCAGCACGGGAGAGCCGAGCUAGUGCUCAGAGGAGUCCGACCUUGCUGAGAUCUGUAACCAUCAGUACUGACAGCAGCCGUAUUUAUAAAACAUUUUUAAAAAAAAAAGGUAAAACAACAUCCAGUUGAAAUUAAGCAAGCUUUCGUCCUUCUCCGGACAGGGUAGGGGGCAUUCAGCUGCCAGCACUAAGCACAGGUAUCUACAUCGUGUCCAAGUCCCCCUGGACCUCCCGUGAAGGGUGGCUGAUGGGCCCCACACACUCCGUAGAGGUGCCAGUAUGAGCGGCCGGUUAUUUAUCCCUCUGGGACUGGCAGAGGGCAAUCGUGCUGGGAACGUGCAGGUAAAUGCUGCCUUGAUUGUUGCUGCUGUACGUUCCGGUCGCUGUUUUUCCUGCGAAGGCCCUUUCCGUGUGCUGAGCGGGCUCCGAGCGGCAGCACCGGAGAGAGGGAGGGUUUUGGCCGCAGCGUUGCUUUCUUUUCAUAUGAAUCAGGUAACUGCGUAAUUAACUCCUCAGCGACUUUGAACCAUGUACUUGUGAGCAGUGCUCUGACAGGAGCGAGUCUUGAAUGUAUUCCACUUGAAAUCUAAACCUAAGAAAUCAAUUAAUGUGAGCGCUAGCUAUAGAACCUGUAUCCUCAAGCCACCAGCAGAACAUUUACUGACGGAUCAUGGAGCUGACACUUGCUGGGCAACUCUGGAAUCACUAUUUGGUUGUAUUUGCCCUGUGAAAUAAAGUCCUUUUUGCUGGAUUGAAA